UCAAAGCUAACACCAAAGUAGUCUAGGAUAUAAAAAAAAUUGCUUUACUUUGCUUAGGAUCAGAGGUAAAACUUGUAUAUUUUGUCGUAAUUCAAUUGUAAACAUGUUGCGGAAUUCUGUAAGACUUUUUCGAAUAGGAAAUAAUUGCGGGCGAAUAUGCGCCGCAGCAUUAAACAGAUGUGAUACUAAACAAUUUAGCGGGAUUUCAUCACCAUCUUUGGACAGAACGAAUGGCAAAAGUAAAGUUUUUGGAACAUGCCAAUGCCGGAGCAUGUUCAUCCAAACUCAGGACACGCCAAACCCAAACAGCGUGAAAUUUUUACCCGGUGUUAAAGUAUUGGAGCCGGGGCAUACUAUGGACUUCCCUAAUAUGGCGGCGGCUUACUGCAGUCCACUAGCAAAAAUGCUUUUCCGCAUUGAGGGUGUAAAAGCAGUCUUUUUUGGACCUGACUUUGUAACAGUGACAAAGCAGGAUGAUGAUGUUGAGUGGAAACUGCUAAGGCCUGAGAUCUUUGCAACAAUUAUGGACUUCUUUGCCAGUGGCUUGCCUGUUGUUACUGAUGCUAAACCUUCUGGAGAUACUCAAAUCAAUGAAGAUGAUGAUGAAAUUGUACAAAUGAUAAAGGAACUUCUUGAUACACGAAUCAGACCAACAGUACAGGAGGAUGGUGGGGACGUCUUAUUUGUGGACUUUAAAGAUGGGGUGUUAAGGCUCAAAAUGCAAGGUUCAUGUUCAUCAUGCCCAAGCUCUAUUGUCACUCUAAAAAAUGGGGUGCAAAACAUGAUGCAAUUUUAUAUCCCAGAAGUUCUUUCAGUAGAGCAGAUAGAUGACGAGGGCGAGAAAUUAAGUGAAAAAUUAUUUAGACAGUUCGAGGAAGCAAAAGCUAAAGAGAAAAAAGAAUAAUUAUUAUGUAGAUUAUUUCAUUAUAGCUAUAAUAAACAGAAUCAGAUUUGCACCUACA